AUGAAAGUUCAAGAAUCUCUUCUUUUCUUCUGCCUUUUAACACUGGCUUAUAUGCUGGCUUGUGCUAGAGGUCACAUAGUCCAGUCUACCACUCUUAGCAGAAGCAGUUUCCCUAAUGGUUUUAUAUUUGAAGCAGGAUCAAGUGCUUUUCGAGCAAGAGCUACCCAUGAAAGCAAUGUUGAAGGAGCAGCUCAUACAGAUGGCAGAGAACCAAGCAUAUGGGACACUUUCACAGUGGAAUAUCCAGGGAUACAGCCUUUGGUGACUUUAUUCCACUGGGAUCUUCCUCAAGCCCUUGAAGAUGAGUAUGGAGGAUUCUUGAGCUAUAAAAUUGUGAAUGAUUAUCGAGACUAUGCAGACUUCUGCUUCCAAGUUUUUGGUGACAGAGUGAAGUACUGGGUCUCUGUCAAUGAACCAAAUUUAUUUAGUUAUACAGGGUAUGUAUUCGGAGACUCUGCACCCGUUCGAUGUUCUGACUAUGUUGGGAAUUGUACGGCCGGCAACUCUGCAACCGAACCAUAUAUAGUUGUCCACCACUUGCUUCCUAGCCACGCCAGUGCAGUAAAGAUACACAAGGACAGGUGUCAGAUGGAUCCACAAGUGGCUACUGUUCAGAAAGGGAUGAAAGUUUUUCCUAGCAUAGGCCUAGGAAAAAGUAUAGAUGGCCUGGUGACUUUUCUUGAGAUGAAGAGGCAGAUCACGAGUUAUGGUUUGGGCUAUAAGCCAACUGAAGAGAAAGAAGAGCCAAAGCCUCUUAAGUUCUUGAAAUAG